AUUCCGAUCUAAUAUACCCCAAUACCCAUUUUGAGUAUCGGGUAUAACAAUACUCAUUUUGAGUAUCGGGUAUAAUCAAAGCAAUCGCCGUAAGAAAACUUAAAUUAAACAUAGCAAAAGAAAAUGGAAAAAACACAUGAAAAAAUUGAUAUCAAUCAGCUGGACAAGGAUCAGCUAAAAACGUUCUCCGACUUUCUGAUAUCCUACAACCGCUUAACCGAGAUGUGCUUCAAAGACUGUGUUCGCGAUUUCACAUCCCACGAAGUAAAGGAGACCGAGGUGAAAUGUUCGCUGAACUGCAUGGAAAAGUACCUGAAGAUGAACCAGCGGGUGUCGCAGCGCUUCCAGGAAUUCCAAAUGAUUGCCAACGAGAAUGCCAUGGCCAUGUUGAAAAAGACUGGCAAAUAGAAAUAGAGCUAUUACUUUUAAGCGGCGGGCCACAUCAUGGACGCACACCAAUAACUAUAGAAAAGAAUGCAUUUUUGAUGCAUUUGUGAAGAAAAAAUAAAGAGAUGACAAGCAAUGCACCAGAGAA